GUAGAUGCAACUCACUCAUCUGCACAUCUACAGAGCCUUAAAGGCUAUCCAUCCAAAGAAAAUUUAAUCCCAACUUCUCAUCCCCACAAAACCAUAAAACAAAAAUUCUCUGAACUCCUCAAUCAACAUUAACACAAAAAAAGAAACAAACUUUACCCAAAAUUUCAAUGAUUUGAUCCCUCAACACUACAAAAAAAACCAAAAUGGGUUUCACUCUUAAACCCAUGUUUCUUUUUUUCACACUAGCUUUAUUCACAAUUCUUAACACACCCCAUUUUGUAGAAACUGCUUCUGAUUACACUACAUUGGUCUAUAAAGGUUGUUCAAAAGAGACUUUUAUAGAUCCAAAUGGAUUAUACUCUCAAACACUUUCUACACUAUUUGGUUCACUAGUUUCACAAUCUACCAAAACAAAAUUUUAUAAAACUACUUCUGGUAGUGGCCAAAAUAGUAUAACUGGUUUGUUUCAAUGUAGAGGAGAUCUUAGUAAUUCUGCUUGUUAUAGCUGUGUAAACAAACUUCCAAUUUUGUCUAACAAACUUUGUGGUAAAACUAUUGCUGCAAGAGUUCAAUUAUUAGGUUGUUAUUUACUCUAUGAAGUUGCUGGUUAUUCCCAAAUAUCAGGAAUGCAGAUGCUGUACAAGACUUGUGGGGUAACAAAUGUUGCUGGAAGUGGUUUUGGAGAGAGAAGAGACAGUGCAUUAUCAGUGAUGGAAAAUGGUGUGAUUAGUGGUCAUGGUUUUUAUACAACUAGCUAUCAAGCUUUUUAUGUUUUAGGACAAUGUGAAGGUGAUGUUGGUGACUCUGAUUGUGGACAAUGUGUGAAAAAUGCUGUUCAGAAAGCUCAAGUUGAAUGUGGAAACUCUAUUUCUGGUGAAAUCUUUUUGCAUAAGUGUUUCAUUAGUUAUGGCUAUUACCCUAAUGGAGUUCCAUCUAGAGAUUCUUCAUACUCCUCAUUUUCUUCAGGGAAAAAUCCAGGGAAAACAGCUGCUAUAAUACUAGGAGGAAUUGCUGGAGUGGCUUUUCUAGUUAUAUUCUUGCUAUUUGCUAGGAGUUUGAGAAAGAAACACAAUGAUUAUUGAGGGGAUGCAGAAAAUGAUUUCUGAGAAGUGAAAAUGCAAAAUUCUUCUUGUGAUGAAUUUUUUCUUAUAUGUUAAGUUUUUAUUAAAUGAAUGAUGAACAGAAGAAAUUUUUAUGGUAAAUAGAGCUUCAUUGUUUUGGUAGAGAACUAAUAUCAGAUGCUUCAAUGUAAUAAUUUUUGUGGAAGUGGUAAAUUCAUGUUUAGAAGGGUUAAUAUUAUUUGUCA